GAGCGUCUCCGUCGCCGGUCGCCUCGAUCGCCGGCCGGCCGGCGGCCGCAGAUAACAAGCAAAGUGAUCAGGAGCACUAUCAAGUAGCUGAGGGGGGGCCGGGCAGGGCACGAUGGCGGCGGAGAUAACGCCGUCGGCGAGCCGGCGGAGCUGGCUGUCGUCGGGGGCGGCGUCGCUGGCGCGGUCGAUGCGGGAGGGGGACGACCCCUUCACGCUGUCGGCGGCAGCGAGCCGGCGCGACGCCGGGGACGACGAGGAGAACCUGCGGUGGGCGGCGCUGGAGAAGCUGCCGACGUACGACCGGAUGCGGCGCGGCAUCCUCCGGAAGGCGGUGGAGGGCGGCGACGGCGAGGGCGGGCUGCUCAAGGCCGGCGAGGUGGACAUCGCGAACCUGGACCCGCGCGAGGGCCGCGAGCUGAUGGAGCGCGUCUUCAAGGCCGUCGAGGACGACAACGAGCGCUUCCUCCGCCGCUUCAAGGACCGUCUCGACCGGGUUGGGAUUGAGCUGCCGCAGAUCGAGGUGCGGUACGAGCAUCUGAACAUCGAGGCGGACGUGUACGUCGGCAAGCGCGCGCUGCCCACGCUGCUCAACGCCGCCAUCAACACAGUUGAGGGUCUCGUUAGCCUAUUUGGCUCAUCAAACAAGAGGACAGUUAAGAUACUCAAAGAUGUUAAUGGCAUUAUCAAGCCAUCAAGGAUGACUCUUCUUCUUGGGCCUCCAUCAUCUGGAAAAAGCACAUUUAUGCGAGCACUAACCGGCAAGCCUGAUAAAAAUCUCAAGGUGUCUGGUGAGAUCACAUACUGUGGUCAUACGUUUUCUGAGUUCUAUCCUGAGAGGACCAGUGCAUAUGUCAGUCAGCAUGAUCUGCACAAUCCAGAGAUGACAGUAAGAGAGACAUUGGACUUCUCAAGACGAUGUCUUGGAAGUGGCGCCAGAUAUGAUAUGCUAUCAGAAUUGGCAAGACGCGAACAUAAUGCAGGCAUUAAGCCUGACCCUGAGAUUGAUGCUUUGAUGAAGGCAACUGUGGUAGAAGGGAAACAGAACAAUAUUGUCACAGAUCUUGUUCUCAAGGCACUUGGGCUGGACAUCUGUGCUGAUACUAUUGUUGGUGGUCCUAUGAUAAGAGGCAUUUCUGGUGGUCAAAAGAAACGUGUGACUACUGGGGAGAUGCUCACUGGACCAGCAACAGCUUUGUUCAUGGAUGAAAUAUCUACCGGGCUUGAUAGUUCUAGCACAUUUCAGAUUGUGAAAUACAUCAGACAAGUGACUCAUGUGAUGAACUCUACAGUGAUGAUGUCUCUCCUUCAGCCUCCACCUGAGACCUAUGCUCUAUUUGAUGACAUCAUCCUUAUAUCAGAAGGUUACAUAAUCUAUCAUGGACCACGGGAGAACAUCCUUGAAUUCUUUGAGCGUGCUGGUUUCCGGUGUCCUGAACGAAAAGGAGUGGCCGACUUUCUUCAAGAGGUGACUUCUAGGAAAGAUCAACAGCAAUACUGGUUCCAUGAGCAGGAUCAUUAUCGUUACGUGUCAGUUGAAGAGUUUGCUCAGUAUUUCAAGACAUUUCAUGUCGGGCAAAAGCUCCAGAAAGAGCUGCAAGUUCCCUAUGACAAAUCUAAGACACAUCCUGCUGCAUUGACUACAAAGAAGUAUGGGUUAUCUAACCGCGAGUCCCUCAAAGCAGUGUUGUCAAGAGAGUGGUUGCUAAUGAAGCGGAACUCAUUCCUCUUCAUAUUCAAGGCCUUCCAAUUGCUUGUCCUUGGAAUUUUAACCAUGACUCUAUUUCUCAGAACAAAGAUGCCCCAUGAGAAAUUUUCUGAUACCCAAAAAUUUGUUGGUGCUUUAACUGCUUCAUUGAUUACAAUCAUGUUCAAUGGUUUUUCUGAACUUCAAUUGACUAUAAAGAAACUCCCGAUAUUCUAUAAACAGAGAGACUUCCUGUUCUUUCCAGCAUGGACAUUUGGUCUUGCAAACAUUAUUCUGAAGGUACCUUUAUCCAUCAUGGAAUCAACUGUUUGGAUAGUUUUGACAUACUAUGUCGUGGGUUUUGCACCUGCUGCAGGAAGGUUCUUCAGGCAGUAUCUAGCAUUCUUUUGCACACACCAGAUGGCUUUGGGCUUGUUCCGGUUGCUAGGUGCAGUUUUAAGAUCAAUGGUGGUAGCUAAUACGUUUGGUAUGUUUGUGCUGCUUCUUGUUUUCAUCUUUGGAGGAAUCCUCAUUACCAGAAAGAACAUUAAACCAUGGUGGAUAUGGGGCUACUGGACGUCUCCCAUGAUGUAUAGCAAUAAUGCCUUGUCAGUUAAUGAAUUCCUUGCCGAUAGGUGGGCCAUUCCAAACAAUGACAGAAGCAUCAAUGCAACAACAAUAGGGAAGGCUUUUCUUCAAUCCAGAGGCUACUUCACGGAAGAGUGGGGAUAUUGGCUUUCCAUUGGAGCCAUGAUAGGAUUUAUGAUUAUUUUUAACGUUCUCUAUAUUUGUGCUCUUACAUUUCUAAGACCUCUUGGUGGUUCAAACGCUGUUGUUUCUGAUGAUGCCAAAAAAAAUGAGUUGGACAAUCAGGAACAAAUGUCAGAUGGUACAUCUGGUACAAAUGGAACAGAAAACAGGAGAAACCAGAGAGGAAUGGUUUUGCCAUUCCAGCCUCUUACACUUUCUUUCAACCAUGUAAACUACUAUGUCGACAUGCCUGCUGAAAUGCAAGCACAAGGAUUCACAGAAAGCCGCCUCCAACUACUAUCUGAUAUUAGUGGUGCAUUCAGACCAGGUGUUCUAACAGCAUUAGUUGGUGUCAGUGGAGCUGGAAAAACUACUCUAAUGGAUGUACUGGCAGGAAGAAAAACUACUGGAAUGAUUGAAGGAGAUAUCAAGCUUUCUGGUUACCCUAAAAAGCAAGAAACUUUUGCUCGUAUCAGUGGUUAUUGUGAGCAAACUGAUAUACAUUCACCAAAUCUUACUGUAUAUGAGUCUCUUGUUUUUUCUGCUUGGUUGCGCCUUUCCUCAGAAGUUGAUGAGAACACUAGGAAGGUGUUUGUGGAGGAAGUGAUGUCACUAGUUGAGCUUGAUGUAUUGCGUGAUGCUCUAGUCGGUCUCCCUGGAGUUAGUGGGCUAUCAACUGAACAAAGGAAGAGGCUCACAAUUGCUGUAGAACUAGUAGCAAAUCCUUCAAUUAUCUUCAUGGAUGAGCCAACUUCAGGUCUUGAUGCUAGAGCUGCAGCAAUUGUUAUGCGUACUGUGAGAAAUACAGUUAACACGGGACGAACUGUGGUUUGCACAAUCCAUCAACCCAGCAUUGAUAUCUUUGAAGCUUUUGACGAGCUUCUGUUGCUAAAGAGGGGAGGGCGGGUUAUAUACGCUGGCCAGCUUGGUCUCCAGUCCCACGUUCUAGUUGAAUAUUUCGAGGCAAUUCCAGGGGUUCCAAAAAUCACUGAAGGAUAUAACCCUGCAACAUGGAUGCUGGAAGUUAGCUCUACUUUAGCUGAGGCUCGCCUGAACAUAGACUUUGCUGAAGUUUAUGCCAGUUCUGCACUUUACCGGAGCAAUCAAGAACUUAUUGGGCAGUUGAGUGUUCCACCUCCAGGCUUGCAGGAUCUCUCCUUUCCUACCAAAUAUUCCCAGAAUUUUCUAAAUCAGUGUGUUGCUAAUACAUGGAAGCAAUUUCGAUCUUAUUGGAAGGAUCCACCCUACAAUGCUAUGCGUUAUUUGAUGACACUUCUCUAUGGCCUUGUGUUUGGUACACUCUUUUGGCGAAAAGGAAAGAAUGUCGAAUCCGAGACUGAUCUGUACAAUCUACUUGGAGCCACCUAUGCUGCUGUUUUCUUCCUUGGAGCAGCAAGUUUGCUCACACUUUUGCCUGUGGUGUCAAUUGAGAGGACAGUCUUUUACCGUGAAAAGGCAGCAGGGAUGUACUCUCCACUGUCCUAUGCAUUUGGACAGGGAUUUGUCGAGUUUUGCUAUAGCGCAGUUCAAGGUGCUCUUUAUACCAUCCUCAUCUAUUCCUUGGUUGGCUAUGAGUGGAAGGCAGCCAAGUUCUUCUACUUCAUGUUCUUUAUGAUUGGAGCCUUCUCCUACUUCACAUUGUUUAGCAUGAUGUUGAUAUCAUGCACUCCCUCCGAGAUGCUCGCGGGCAUUCUUGUUUCGUUCGUGCUCACCUCAUGGAACAAUUUCGCCGGAUUCAUCAUAACCCGACCACUGAUUCCUGUUUGGUGGAAAUGGUUCUACUGGGCCAACCCGGUCUCCUGGACCAUCUAUGGGGUGAUCGCGUCGCAGUUCGCGGACAGCGACCGCGUUGUCUCGGUUCCUGGCCAGUCUACCACCGUGGUGGUGAAGGAUUACUUGAAGGAUAACAUGGGCUACGAGCACGACUUCCUCGGCUACGUUGUGCUGGCGCAUUUUGGCUACAUCAUCCUCUUCUUCUUCCUCUUUGGCUACGGCAUCAAGUACCUGAACUUCCAGAAACGGUAGGAGGAGGCGCCCGGUGUUCAGCAGGGACCUUGUCAACGCAGAGUCACGUUUUGGAGUGUAAAUCAAAUGCUGAAAUGCAGCAACCUGUAUGUACCCUGUUUUCCUGUAGAUGUAUAGUUCCGUUCGAGAUAAGUUUGGAUUGCAUUUUGACCUAUGUAUGAAGUUAAUUACUGGAUUGUACGGCUGAAUUAUGAUAUAUCAUCCUUUUGCGUUAUCAAUCAUUUUUUUUCA